GAGGGGCUACAUCGUCGCGUCGCUUCGUAAGAACGAAGAAAAUGAGACAGAAACAAGAAAAAUUAUACACCCAAUCGGUCAGCCGAUAACCGGUAAGUGUUCGCUCCAGAUUCCACGAGACUGCACUUUGCGUGCUGCAUUUGCCAUGUAGAAUGCCGUCGAUGGUGCACGGCUUAAGCGUGCUGCUAGUUAGCGUUUGUGUGUUCUGUGACCAUGCGGCGCCGACAGACAAGAACCAGCAGCCAUUUCAGUCUACCGGUCUCGUAGAAGCCCGGAGGAAAACAAGUGUGGCGUUCGGGUUCGAUCUUGCUGGGCUGGCGUCUAGAAUACUGCCCAUGCUAGCCUCUCCGUUCAUCAUGCAGAUCACCUCGUUGCCGAUGACGCUCAUGACCAUGAAGUUGUCGCUAAUGACGGCCAACUUUUUGGGAAUGUUGGCAAUCGUGUUCCUCGCGGUGAACUUGGCCAGGAGCAAGAUUGCGGACAAGAAGGGCCAGUUUUACAGUCACAACGUCAAUUUGCACUGAUCCGCAGCGUUGUGACUUAUUUCGAAAAUGGCAGGGACCAGGAGUAACCAAGACGUCGCAGCCGAAUACCGCGGGUUUCAGAGAGACGCGAACAAAAUUUGCUGAAAAAUUAAAUACAGUGUAUAUGAAAUAAAUAAAGGAUUCAUUUGCAGAUAUACAACGUACGAUGGAGUCCAGUUCAUUAUCUCAUUGCUUUCAUAUAUUAUGAAAAAAUGGUAAAUUUAAAAUUAUUUUAACGUAUACAUGGUGAUUAAAAAAAGUGCGACGAGUAGAACACGUAUUUUUCAAAUUUUUGAUAUUGGCGUUAUUCGAAGAUAUAUUAAAAUGAAAAUUCCCGAUUUUCUCAAAUGGUACACCAUAUACGAGGUGUGUUUAAAAAGUAAAAUGACUUUUCAGUUUUAUCACAACGUGUUUAUUUAUUUAUCAAAAUUAAUAUCGCUCCCUUCACAGUAAUCAUAAAGUUAGAUAGAAGCAACGAUGAGUGAGCAUGUUUUCCCGGGCUUUUUCUUCGCAUUGGUUCUCACGAACGGCGCAUAAGAAGCCAACAGGAUGAUUGGCAAAAUGUCAGCGAGUUCGAUCCAUCAUCAACCGCUGAGAUUUAUUUUGGCCCAUAAACUCUCUACUUAAAAAAAAUGUUUACAAUUAAGACUCUUUCCAUUUUAUUCCCUGUCCAAACUGUACAUUUACAAUUAAUCAAUAGAAUUUGACAGAAAAAUACAUUGAUUUCUAUUAAAUUUAAAAAAAAAAUCCUUAAUAUUUUAACAAACAUGACAUAAAUACUCCGCGUCAAAUUUAAAUUUUUAGAUCCGCGUGACGUCAUGCGCGCAUCCUCCUUUUUAUUUACCAUUUCAUCAUAACUCUUGAAACCAAUGAAGUAGUAAACUUUAACUCUAUCACCCUGUACCCUGUACAUUGUAUGAUGUCAUUAU